CCCCCCCCCUUAUUGGAACACAUGUUUUUGACUUUACCACCCGUGAUAUACGUCACAUCAAAACUAUUCAAUUAUAAAUAAACUAUUAGUUCCUAAACUAUAAAAUUGCAUCCCUAAACUAUCCCAAAUUGUUCCCAAAUGAUGGAAAUUGGUUUCCUCCGAAGAUUGAUUAUUUACCUGUGAGCUAUAUCUCCGUCAAGACGACCACUGAACGUUUGAACAGUAUUCUAACCUCGAAUGAAUGUAGUGUUUACACUUGUCAACAUUCAAAGUGCUCCAGAACAAAGUGAAAAUGUCACAGAAACAGAAGAUAUUGCUCGCUGGUGACGUUGAAGGCAGAUUUAACAAUCUUUUCGCCAAAGUUGAACAGAUAAACAAGAAAAAUGGUCCCUUCGAAUUUCUUCUGUGCGUUGGAAAUUUUUUCGGAGUAAACAACAUUGAGUUGGAGCCCUACAAAAACGGGAUAAAGAGUAUCCCAGUGCCGACACUUAUCAUCGGCCCCAACAGAGUGGAUGAUGUUGAGAAUUAUCCGGUUCUUGACGGAGCAGAGAUCUGUCAGAAUCUCACGUAUCUUGGAAAACGCGGGCUCUACAGCGCCGGCUCUGGGCUCAAGAUUGCAUACAUCAGUGGUGUUGAGAAGGGUCAGGACACGUCGCUGAAUGAGUCCAUCAAUUUUAAUGAGAAUGAUGUGGUCUCUGUGAGGAAUUCCUGCCUGAAGGGCCAGCCCAGUUUCAGGGGAAUUGAUAUACUGCUGACGUCCCAGUGGCCUCAGGACGUCACCAAAUGCGAUCCUAAGGAUCCGAAAUUUAAUUUUAAAGGGUCGAGACUGGUUUCGUGGCUUGCAGCUCAGGUGAAACCUAGGUAUCACGUCUGUGGGCUGGAGGGACUCCAUUAUGAACGUCCACCUUACAGGAACGAAAGUAAAGGUGGGGACAGUAUAGAAAUAGCAUCAAGAUUCAUAGCCCUGGCGAGGGUCGGAAACACUCAAAAACUCAAGUGGCUUUAUGCCCUCAACCUAACUCCAGUGGAUCGAACACGACUGAUGGAUCUCGCGACGAAAACCACUGACGAGACCCCAAGUCCCUACCCAGCUUCGAAUUUAAACUCUGACCCAACCAGCACCGACCCCAAAGACACUGGAAAACAAUUCUUCUACGACAUGCAGCCUGCAAACGAAGGCAAGAGGCGAUCAAAUCAGUCGGAUAAGUUCCAAAAGAAAGCGAAAAAACUUGACUUCGAUCAGGCUAAGUGCUGGUUCUGCUUAUCCAGUCCUUCAGUGGAAAAACAUCUCGUGAUAUCUGUUGGAACUGAGGUUUAUGUGGCUCUGGCGAAAGGAGGUCUUGUGGAUGAUCACCUGUUGAUUUUACCAAUCAGUCAUCACCAGAGUUUCUCGAUUGUACCUGAGAGUGUUGAGAAGGAGAUGGAGUUGUAUAAAAAAGCUAUUGCUAGGUAUUACUCCAGCACUGGACGGCUGCCUGUUUUUUUCGAGAGGAAUUACAAGAGCUCACACUGUCAACUGCAGGCUGUACCUGUUGCUGAAGAGGUUGCUUCUGAAUUGUAUGGAGUUUUUCAGGACGUAGCAGAUGAUAAUGGUGUAGAACUCAAUCAAAUCCCAGAUCAUUCUCAACUUCGUCAGAUAGCUCCGCCAGGUGCAACGUACUUCUACGUUCAACUUCCAAACGGAGUGAUGCUCUACACGAGGAUAUCCAAGGACUUCCCACUGCAAUUCGGUCGAGAGGUUCUAGCUAGCCAUAAAAUCCUGAACUUGAUGCACAAAGUCGACUGGAAGGACUGUCAAAUCAGUAAAGAAGAGGAGACUGAUCUAGCAAAGGCGAUUAGGAAGAAAUUCGAACCUUACGAUAUAGAUACUUAAUUUAUAAAUGAGAAAAUUCUCUGACCUGACAUUUUUGUACAAUACAAAAUAUAAAAAUC